AAAGUCGUUGCAUCCCGCUCGUUCGUCGCGGAAUCGUGAAUCAACCCCCUUCACGAAACCAGCCAAGAACCAACGAAACGAACGCGCCCUCUCCCUUGGGCCUUCAGCUGCGCCAACGCAGAGAUUCAAUGCGGUUCCUGUCGCAAGACCCCUCCCAGCUACGACGCCCCAAGAUCUAGACAAACAAAGAAAGAAACACCACUGCGACCCUAUCCCCGGGUUCUGGAUCUAGGCCCCCGUCCCGCAUCUGGUUACCCGUCAAGCCGCCAAACCCAUCGAGGGGUUCAAAAAGGAUCAGAUCCUUUUGCCUCCUACUUCCUUGAGGACUUCCAUUCCUGGAUAUCUUUGACUGGUAUGAACCGUAGCAUCUCUACUCAAUUACAUACCAAACCUCCAAAAUGAACGCCGACCUCGUAGAUCUUGUUUUCCUAACCCGCUUUCAACCCUCAGUUACCAUAUCCUCCUCCGUCGCAAUCGACUACGAAGACCAUCCUCACCACAUAAUGUCAGACUCCAGCAACGGCGCCGCGCCCGAAACGUGCCCCGUCGACCACAAGGCCCGCGAAGCCUGGCUCCAGCACGCCCGCGCCGCGAACCCAGACGCUGCUCAACCUCCUCACCCGCCGCACCCGAUACCCCCGACACAGGCAGGAUCGCCACAGUCCCAGCAAUCACAGUCAUCAUCCUCCUGGACGCAAUCUCUGCUGUCUUUGACGCCCUUUGCCUCUUCCUCGGCGCCGCCAAUGUCUACGAGCCCCUCCGCGACACAAGCUCCCGCCGCCUCCGCCGAUGCCUCCGCCGAAGUCUGUCCCGUAGACCACAAAUCCCGCGAAGCCUGGCUCGAACAAGCCCGCGCCGCCUCCGCCGCGAACGGUUCCUCAACUCCUCACACACCACACCCCCAUCACACCUUCGAAGCCGCGCCAUCAUCACCAGAGCCCUCGCAAUCAUGGACGCAGUCCCUAAAGUCCUACAUCCCCUUCACCUCAUCAACGACAACCACAGAAUCAAACACACCGAUCCCCACACCAUCCGCACCCGCCAAAUCAGGCCUCGACACCGAGCGCGAGGUCUCGACGAUUCCAAGGACAGCGACGUCGGCGUACCCGGGCACCAGCCGCCCCUCCAACCACGAGCAAGAGACGGGCUCGGACGAGGCGACGGGGAACUGGAUAUACCCUUCCCAAAAGAUGUUCUUUGAUGCGAUGAAGCGCAAGGGCCACGAUACUCGCGCGCAGGACAUGGCGACCGUGGUGCCGAUUCACAACGCCGUCAACGAGAGGGCGUGGAAGGAGAUUAAAGAGUGGGAGGCGCCUUACCUCGAAGGCACAGCCUGCGACGGCCCCAAACUACACUCCUUCCUCGGCCUCAGCACAAACAUGUCUCCCAAGGCGCGCGUGAAUACCCUGCUGGGCUACACCCCGCCCUUUGACCGCCACGACUGGGUCGUCGACCGCUGCGGCGUGCAGGUCGAAUACGUCAUUGACUUUUACGCCGGACGCCCCGACGCCCGUGGGAAGCCCAGCUUCUACUUGGACGUGCGGCCGAAGCUGAAUAGCUGGGAGGGCGUCAAGAUGAGGGCUUUGAGGGGUGUUGGGUUGGCUUGAGAGGGGAGGGCACUGGACCGCUUCCAUCUGGGCUCUGAUGGCUUCUGUAUCUCGGGCGAGAUGGAGGCGCGUUGAGAGUGUAUAAAGACGUGUAAUAAAUGUACAAAUACUUGCAGCAUUGGAGACUGGCGUAUUUAUCUUGUCUUGUGGGAAGAAUAUCCCAAGGACCACGAAGAAAGAAC